AAACUAUCACCUUUCAUUCUAUCUAUUCGUCAUCAUCGAUGGGGCCCGUGUCUUUGCACAUGUAUAUAUAUACAUGAAGAUAUAGUGUGUGCUCCACACAGAAUUGAAAGAGUUUGUUCUCUAUUUCUUUUCUUUGUUGCAGAAAUUAAGAUGGUGAACCAAGAAGAGAUGUUGAUUCAGACAGUGACUGAAAUCUAUGCAAAGAUCUCAGUGCUGCCGUGUCUCAAGCCAUCGAUGGAGGUAAACGAGCUCUUCACUGAAUUAGUGCUGGCAUGCAUCCCUCCGAGCUCCAUCGAUGUGAACAAGCUCAGCGAUGAAGUUCAAGGGAUGAGAUCAAAGCUCAUUGAACUUUGUGGAGAGGCUGAAGGUUUGCUUGAGAGCCAUUACUCUGCAAUUCUCGGCGCCUUUGAGAAUCCAAUUGAGCAUCUGAGCAUCUUCCCAUACUACCAGAAUUACAUCAAGCUGAGCCUGUUGGAGUACACUAUGUUAGCUCGGCAUGCAGCUACGCUGCCGUCCCGUGUGGCUUUUAUCGGCUCUGGUCCAUUACCAAUGACUUCAAUCGUGCUCGCCAUGCGCCACCUCCCUGCCACCAGGUUCGUGAACUAUGAUAUGGAUUCAGAUGCUAAUGAGCUUGGGAAACGCCUUAUCGCUGGAGACGGGGACCUCUCCGCACGCAUGAUUACACGUACAGCGAAUGUUCUCAGUGUGACCGAUGAGCUCAGGGAGUUCGACGUUGUGUUCUUGGCUGCGCUUGUGGGCAUGGACAGAGAGGAAAAGGCGAGAGUCUUGGAGCAUAUACAGAAUUACAUGGCACCGGGUGCGCUGCUCAUGCUGCGUAGUGUGCACGGUGCACGCUCAUUUCUCUACCCUGUCAUCGACGCAUGCCGUGAUUUACAUGGGUUUGAAUUGUUAUCUGUUUAUCAUCCAAUGGAUGAAGUUAUAAACACGGUAAUCGUUGCGCGCAAGGUGACUGCUGCCGUUCCGGUGAAUUUAGUCGAUCAGAGCGCACCGUCAGGGACAGUGGCAAUGCUGCCAUGCAAGUGCUCGGAGUUUCAGAUAUUCAAUCCUCUUGGGCAUGGCAGCAUGCUGGAGGAGCUGGCUCUUGAAGGUCAGCAAUCUUGAGAACAAGAACAAGAAGAAUCAUAAUCAACAACAAGUGAUGCUUAUAAAAUUUAUAUUUUGAUAAUGAUUUUUAUGCAUUUGCUCUAACUAUUUUGUGUGAUCAUCCUGUGUGUUUCUGCUUUUGAAGUUAUAUCAAUCAAAUAAGUGUUGAGGUUUCACAUGCAUUGGAUUCAA